AUGAAGAUCCCCAGCCAUCGUUGUCGCUGGGCCACCCUGCCCAGCCCCAACGCGCGUGAGGCAGCCUCCAUGUACGGCACGGCAGUGGCCAUCUUCCUGGUCAUCCUGGUGGCUGCGCUGCAGGGCUCGGCACCCACCGAGAGCCCCUUCCCCUACCGAGUCCCCUUGGACCCCGAGGGAACCCUGGAGCUCUCGUGGAAUGUCAGCUACAGGCAAGAAGUCAUCCACUUUCAGCUCCUGGCCCGGGCGCUCAGGGCCGGGCUCCUGUUUGGGAUGUCGGACCGCGGCCAGCUGGAGAAUGCAGACCUCAUUGUGCUCUGGACCAACGGCAACAGUGCCUAUUUUGCGGAUGCCUGGAGUGACCAGAAGGGGAUAGUCCACCUGGAUGCCCAGCAGGACUACCAGCUGUUGCAGGCACAGAGAACCCCGGAGGGCCUGUCCCUGCUCUUCAAGAGGCCCUUUGCCACCUGUGACCCCAAGGACUACCUCAUCGAGGACGACACCGUCCACUUGGUGUACGGGAUCCUGGAGGAGCCAUUCCAGUCCCUAGAGGCCAUCAACACCUCAGGCCUGCGGACGGGGCUGCAGAGGGUGCAGCUUCUGAAGCCGGAGCUCCCCAUCCCGAACCUGCCCUCAGACAUGCUCAACAUGGAGAUCCGCGUCCCCAACGUCCUGAUCCCUGACAACGAGACCACGUACUGGUGCUACAUGAAAGAGCUCCAGGACCUCCCCCCACACCACAUCGUCAAGUACGAGGCCAUCAUCACCAAGGGCAACGAGGCCCUCGUGCACCACAUGGAGGUCUUCCAGUGCACAGACGAGGUCCACAGCUUCCCCAACUACAGCGGGCCCUGCGACUCCAAAAUGAAGCCGGAACGCCUCAACUACUGCCGCCACGUGCUGGCUGCCUGGGCCCUGGGCGCCAAGCCAUUUUACUACCCAGAGGAAGCUGGUGUCCCUUUUGGGGGUCCCGGGUCCUCCAGAUUUCUCCGCCUGGAAGUUCACUACCACAACCCACGGAAGAUGCAAGGCCUGCGGGACUCCUCGGGCAUCCGCCUAUACUACACGGACAGGCUGCGGCGCUUCGACGCAGGCAUCAUGGAGCUGGGGCUGGUGUACACACCCAUGAUGGCCAUCCCUCCGCAGGAGCGCGCCUUCGUCCUCACUGGCUACUGCACGGACAAGUGCACCCAGGUGGCGCUGUCCCCUCCCGGGAUCCACAUCUUUGCCUCUCAGCUCCACACACACCUGACAGGGAGAAAGGUGGUCACCGUGCUGGCCCGGAACGGCCGGGAGAGGGAGAUCGUGAACAGGGACAAUCAUUAUAGCCCUCACUUCCAGGAGAUCCGCAUGCUGAGGAAGGCUGUGUUGGUCCAGCCGGGAGAUAUGCUCAUCACUUCUUGCACAUACAACACGGAAGAACGGCAGCAGGUCACCGUGGGCGGCUUAGGGAUCCAGGAGGAGAUGUGUGUCAACUACGUGCACUACUAUCCCCGGACAGCGCUGGAGCUCUGCAAGAGCACGGUGGACGCCGGCUACCUGCAGAAGUACUUCCACAUGAUGGACAGGUUCAACGACAAGGAGGUCUGCCCCAGCCCUCAGACUUCUGUCCCAGAGCAGUUCGCCUCCGUCCCAGAGCAGUUCGCCUCUGUCCCCUGGAACUCCUUCAGUAGCAAUGUGCUCGCGGCCCUCUAUGGCUUCGUCCCCAUCUCUAUGCACUGCAACAAGUCCUCAGCCGUCCGCUUUCAGGGGGAGUGGGACCUGCAGCCCCUGCCCAAGGUCAUCUCCACGCUGGAAGAGCCCACCCCGAAGUGCCCCACCACCCGAGGCCAGAGCCCCGCUGGCCCCACCAUGGUCAGCAUUACUGGGGGCAAGAGUUGAGCAGGGCCUGUUCCUGCCCUCCCCCCUGCCAUUCCUGUAGCUCAUACCAGCUCUGUGCACCCCUGCUCUAUGAACCACAUGGAACAGCUCUGUGUGCCCAGGAUGAGGGGGCAACCAAGCACUCUCCCCAGGCCAUGGUGCCUGCAGCCUCCCCCACUCAGAGUCCCUGCAUGGCUGAGAGGUCCCCUUGAGGUCUCCCUGGGGACCAGCCCCAUACGCACCCUAUUGACUCCGUGAGGACAAACCACCGAGGUGGUCCGGGAUCCAGUGCCCUCAAGCCCUGCGCCAUCUCAAUGGACACAGACUCACCCCACAGGGCCUCGAGCCACCCUGCUGGUCCCGGUGGAGAUUUUUGUCAGUGGCGUGCAUGCUACACAAGUGUCCCCGCCGAGCAGCUCGUGUUUGACGGUGGGUGGCUUCCCUGCCCACGGAGGCAGGACACGGCAUUUAGCUAGUUAGAGACUUGCCUGUGGAAAUUGCUCCAUUGCAGAGUAAAUAGAUAUUUCCACCCACCUAAAGGGAAACCCUAACAACAACUAUCACCAUCACCAAAGCCCAGACGGUGGCGAAGACCCAGGCUCGGCUCCCGGGCACGGGCUGCAAGGAAAAGGGAACUGCUGGCCUCCGGUGGCUACUCCUGGUGGUGGGACAUGACCUGAAUAGACCCAAUUUUCAAUUCAACCUCCAUUAAAAGCCUAGUUCGGCCAUUUAGUGAAGGUGUGACUUAGGCAGGCCGUUGUGCCUGCCUGACCCUCACUUUUCUCGUCUGUGAAAUGAGCUAAUGUAACAAUAAAGUGCAGCUAGCCCCCUCAGGGUGCGGAGAGGUUCACGGUCAGAGGCCGUUGCUCCAGAGGAGAGUACCUUGCCCUGAGCCUCCUCCCUGUGCCAGGGGUGUUGCCAAGUGCUCUAGCCGAGGUGUGGCUGAAGCCAGCCUCCUGCUGGUCUGGGUCUCUGUCCCCUCCGUCCUCUCGGGGCUGCCUUCUGAUGGAGGAUGUUUUCUGGGGGAGUAAUAUAUUUUGCUCCAUUCAGUCAGUUCAGCAAAAGACUGAAUAGCUUCUUGGGGAAAGAG